AUGGGUCGUCUUCACAGCAAGGGCAAGGGCAUUUCUGCCUCUGCCAUCCCUUACUCUCGCACCGCUCCCGCCUGGUUGAAGACCACUCCGGAUCAGGUUGUCGACCACAUCUGCAAGAUGGCCAAGAAGGGUGCUACUCCAUCUCAGAUCGGUGUUGUCCUCCGUGAUAGCCACGGCAUUGCCCAAGUCAAGGUUGUUACUGGAAACAAGAUCCUCCGCAUCCUCAAGUCCAACGGUACGAAUUUGCAUAGACACCCUUCAUGCCUCGCCCCUGAAAUCCCAGAGGACCUUUACAUGUUGAUCAGAAAGGCCGUUGCUGUCCGCAAGCACCUUGAGCGCAACCGCAAGGACAAGGACAGCAAGUUCCGUCUGAUUCUGAUUGAGUCCCGUAUCCACCGUCUCUCUCGUUACUACAAGUCUGUUGGUGUCCUCCCACCAACCUGGAGAUACGAGAGUGCCACUGCCAGCACCAUGGUCGCAUAA